AUGUUGUUUGCAUACGUCCGGCCCGAGCACAAGGUAAUCAGAUCUACAGGCCUGAUUAACUUGGCUACUUUGGAGGGACUAUUCGCAUAUACCGAGCAAACACCGAAACAAGAGGCUAAACUCUACGAGAAAAUAGAUCCGAAAUCCGAGCCCCUCUGUCCAAAGCCCGAUAGGCUCCGCUUUAUUGACGAGCGGUAG